AAGAGAAAUAGCGCUGUGAUCAAAUCGACAAUAGUUUACGAUAGAGUAACGUAGUAAAAUCAAUCAUGGGCCUGAGAAAGAUAUUUACACGGCCAGUUUUUGGUUUAUUUGUGACAUUUGUUCACAUUACAGCCUGUGUUUUAUCGGUGGCCUAUUUGGUGGGGUGCAUCACUCACACCGUUGAUGGCGAUGAGACACACAAAAAAUCCGUCCAGAAUUAUGUUGUAAUUCUGUCUGGUUAUAUCAUCGUUUGUUUCGUACAAGUAACUAUGUGUCUUAUUUUAAUUGUGGGAAUCUUAAGGAAAAAUCACCAUUUAAUGGCCCCCUGGAUUGCCACAACGUUUAUCAGUUUGGUAGCGGUGUUUUUCUACACUCUGGCCAUGGUGUGUUUCAGUUUCCUCAAUGAAUUCUCAACGAAAGAUAAUCCCAAGAAACUCUCCAGAAAAGAACAUUUCGAUCGAAUUAUACCGGGUCUGGGAUAUUUUUUGAUUCACGUUUGCCUAUUCUAUCCCAUCUAUGUCCUAUACAAAAGUAUUUUGAUUUUCCGUCUCAAAAAGGAGGGUUUAUAUGAAGAUUCAAUCGAAUCUGAGGGAUGCGAUGAACUGGCCGAUUCUGUAGAAAUUCAUUAGCAUAGAAUAUGGAAUAUUGUAUUGAAUGUGAUAUUGUUAUAGAUGUAUAUAUAUAGACUGUUUAAAAAUCUACUAAAACCCACUCGACGCGGAGACAUGUGCCUUCGAUUUUUAUAACCGACACCACAGAGUAUUUUGUCUUUGAGCUUUUUUUUGUAAUAUGCCAAAUGAAUAAAGAUAGUUCCUUCUGA